AUGGCGUACACCUGGUAUGAGUCCUUGAGUGAAUGUGUACGUCUAAAAAUGACACUGUUAACGGUGGAUUCGGCUUCUAAACGUCAUCAAUUGGCUAACGCAAAACUUUCUGAUGCCAGUCAGGUUUGGAUAGGCGGCCAUGAUCUCAAGGUGGAUCGAUCAUUUGAAUGGAUAUCGAAUAGUAAGGCAUUUGUAUACACCUACUGGAACAAGGGUGAACCGAAUAGUGGCGAAGAACAUUGUGUCGAAAUGAUAUUUCCCUCGAUGUAUUGGAAUGAUGUUCGCUGUAUUAAGAAGCGAGGAUUCAUUUGUGAAGAAACUCCGAUCGCCGUGGAAAAAAAUCAAGAAAUCGCCAAACUAAAGGCGGACUUGACAAAACAAGCCGGACUGUUAAAUGAAAAAAUCAAACAAUUGGCACAAUUAGAAUUGCAAAAUAAGGCAAAUAAAUUGGUAGCCGAACAAGUUGCGAAACAAAUGCAACAAUUUGUACAGAAAAUCAAUCUUCACGAGAAGUCCAUAAAUGAAGGAUUAGUGAAAAUAUUAAAUGUGGCACUAAAUCAAACCGAUGUAUUGUCCCAACAAAAGGACAUAUUAGUGACUUUGAAAACGGACCAGGAAGCGGCAAGAGAAGAUAUUAAGUUGUACCAUAAGGAUGUAACCAAAACUCAAAUAAUCGCCAAUUCAAUGAAAGAGAACGACAGGAAAAUGGAUGAAUUGUUUACGAAAUUAACCGCAAUUCAGGAGGUCACAUCAAAUCAAAACUCCUCAAAACCAUGUUUUUAUAUUUAUUUUUAA